GGUCCCCCGGGGUGCUGACUGCGGUGACCGCGCUGUGAGCGGAUCCCGGCCUGGGCAGCGGCAGGGCCGUAGGACCUCGCGCAACGUCCGGGCUCCGGGGCGGGGGCUGCGGGGGCGAAGCCCCCUCCCGGGGGAGGCGGGGCCUGGGCGAGCUCCCCGCUUGGGGAGCGGCGGCGGCCAGGAAGGAUGCAUCAGAAGCUGCUGAAGAGCGCACAUUAUAUCGAGCUGGGCAGCUACCAGUACUGGCCCGUCCUGGUGCCCCGCGGCAUCCGCCUCUACACCUACGAGCAGAUCCCCGUGUCCCUUAAGGACAACCCGUACAUCACCGACGGCUACCGGGCCUACCUGCCCUCCAGGCUGUGUAUCAAAAGUUUGUUUAUUUUAUCUAAUGAGACGGUAAACAUCUGGAGUCAUUUGCUGGGUUUCUUUCUCUUCUUCACGCUGGGAAUAUAUGACAUGACAUCUGUGUUACCUUCAGCAAGUGCAUCCAGAGAAGACUUUGUAAUUUGUUCUAUUUGCCUUUUCUGCUUCCAGGUCUGUAUGCUUUGCUCUGUGGGCUAUCAUCUUUUUUCCUGCCAUCGAUCAGAAAAAACCUGUCGAAGAUGGAUGGCAUUAGAUUAUGCAGGAAUUUCUAUUGGAAUACUGGGCUGCUAUGUCUCCGGCGUAUUUUAUGCAUUUUAUUGUAAUAAUUACUGGCGUCAAGUGUACUUGAUCACAGUGCUUGCUAUGAUCCUGGCAGUGUUCUUUGCUCAGAUUCAUCCCAAUUACCUCACACAGCAGUGGCAGAGGCUCCGUUCUAUCAUCUUUUGUUCUGUUUCGGGAUAUGGAGUGAUCCCUACUCUUCACUGGGUUUGGCUCAAUGGAGGAAUCGGUGCUCCUAUUGUACAGGACUUUGCACCCCGUGUAAUUGUGAUGUAUGUGAUUGCUCUUCUUGCUUUCCUAUUCUACAUUUCCAAAGUUCCAGAAAGGUAUUUUCCAGGACAACUAAACUACCUCGGAUCAAGCCACCAAAUAUGGCAUGUCCUUGCAGUAGUGAUGUUAUAUUGGUGGCAUCAGUCAACAGUGUAUGUCAUGCAGUACAGACAUAGCAAGCCUUGUCCUGAGUAUGUUUCACAUUUGUGAAUUCAGGUAUGGCCACCUGGUGUAUUCAGUUAUUAAGCAAUAUAUGACGGGGAGUUGUAUACCCCACUAUUUCUAAGAUUCCCAUUAGUUUUUCCUUUUCCCUCUGGUUUGAUAUAUCAUGAGUAAUACUUUAUAAAAUGGAAAAAUAUACUUGGGGAUCUGUAAUAGUCACUGUUUUAUGGGCCCUUAAGACUACUUAUUUGCUGCUUGUACAGAAAGUGAAAAUUAGUUGGCAUUCAUAACAAACAUCUGAAUGACAAUGAAUGUGAAGCCAGUGUAGAAAUAGUACUCCUUUUACUGAACACCAGCUUAACUUCCUUAGGAAGGGCUCACCUCCAUUAUAAAGUGGAGUCCUCUUGUGUGAUUCCUUUAAUAGGAGAUACUUAGAGUAGAUGAUCAAGUUUAACUGCCUAAUCAAGGCAAGGGUUGUGAUAGCCUGUGUUUAACACAAGCUGAUAGUGAUUUUGAGUAAUCACUAGCCUGUCGAUGGAUGGUUUAUGAGGAAACCGGCACUUAAGAUAUUAUUUCCUUCAGCUGUAGGUUCUCUUCUAGGAACAUUGGAUUUUUUAGUUUGCUAGAACAAAAACUUUAAACCCCUUCUCCUUUAAGUUGAGAGAGGUGUUGGGAAAAGAACUUGCAUUGUCAUUUCCCAUCAGAUAAAAGUCAUGUUAAGAACCGAUUACAUGACCAGGCAACAAAUUCUGUGGUCUAAUAACCAAGUUAUUAGCCAUUUAAGCUUUUCAAUUUCAAAUAUUAUUUAAUUCCAUAUAAUAAUUGAGCUCUUGCCAGUAGACAGUAGAUUUGGGGUUCCAAAAUUCCUGUAACAGAAGACUUUUCACUUCUCUUGAGUUUGCAGUCUUAAAUUUCCUGGUGAUGGGGGUUUCCAGGUACAUGGGUGCUACUUUCAAGGGCAUAGAAUCCAGAUGGCCCAGUUCUUGACCCUGAAAUGAACCUUAAGCCUUAGAACAAAGUCAUGCAGAUGCCCCAGUUGAUGACAUGAUUAUUCACCUGUGCUCUGGUCUUUCUCUGUUUAUGCAUGUGUUAGUAUUGCACUGAUAACUCACAGUAUUGAUAUACACUAUCUAAUAUUUGGGCCUGAAACUGCAUUGUAUAUACUUAAAAAAUAGAUCUCGCUGCCCCAUCAUACAACAUAGCACUCUUGUUCUCUGGUCUUUUCAUAUGCAUAAGUUAAAGCCCAUAAAGCAGUCAUUCAUAAAAACAUGUUUAUUGGAAUAUAAAACAUCACCCAAGUUUCUUAAUGGGUUGACAUGAACUGCUUUAAAUACUGGUGUAUCUUCAGAACAUUGGAAUUUCUAAGUAUCAGGAGGUGUUGAUUGAUGGUGAAGCUUAUUCCCAAAAUGUCAUUUAUACAUCUGAUAUUUGGAAUGUUACUUUAAUGUGCCUCGGUUUAUGCAUCUGUAAAAGUUUGUAUUUCUUUUCAGUGUAGUGUUUUUGGAAUAUGGAUUCCCCAUGCUAGUGUCUCAGCAAGGAGAAUUCUCCCCCAGUAGGCUAAGGGCACACCACAUUAUACCCCUUAUUAUGAUGGAACGCCACUUUGAAAAUGGCCAUUUUACCUCAUUGGUCCAGAAAUUUGCUUCAUAUGUUAAGUAAAAGAAGAUUUUGGUGAAAUGAUAAUAGGAUAUAUUUUCCCUAAAGCAUCCCUUAUUGGCUUACAUGGUAUUAUUGCUUUUAAACAGAUAUUUUGUCAUUUUGGUCAAACAGAAUAUACUGCGUAGUUAUAAUUAAUAUAAAAAUGAAGGAGAAGUCUAGUUAUUUUAGGUCUGGUGCCAUUUUUUUAUUAUAAAAUCUUCUCAAAAGAAAAACAUAUUGAACUUUAAAUUUCAUUUUCUUUUAAUUUUUAGAAAUAGUCAUUUUUUGUUAUAGUGUAUGAAUUAUUUAAUACUUGCCAUCUGAAUUAAUCGAUAAAAAGACCAUACUUUAAGACUGUUCUUGAAUUUGAAAAGCAUACAGGUCUGACUGUAAUGGAGAACUAAACUAUACCAUGUAAACAUUUCAUCUUUUUAUGAAAAUGUUAAAUAUUGUAAGAAAGUUCUUUUUAUCUUUACUAUAAUGUACUUACUAUAAAGUAGGGAAUGAAUGAAUGUGGAUUGCUGUCAACUAUAAACACUUCUGUAUAUCAGCAUUUAUUGACCACCUACUGUGUGCACAUCACUACUGGCAAAAUUUUUAAGACGUUGUUAACGUUAAAGAAUAUUUAAAAAUUGCCUAUGAAUCUGAGCCUUGUAAUAAUGUAUAUUUAUUUUUGUUUUGUAGGUUUAUUAAAAUAAGAUUAAAAGUACACUAUCCAGCUACAGUACUAAAAAAGACUGGUUUUAAUUUUACCAGUGUAUAAACUAUAAAAGCUCUUUACCUACAGAUUUACAUUUUAAAAUUAUUCAUGGCUGUUUUAAAUUGUCUGUAGUGAUUUGUAAGGCUGUAGUUAAUUCAUUUAAGAGAAUUAUCUUUCUAUAUAAAACCAUUUUCAAAUAGCAAGAUAGUGCUUGUCUUUCUUGUUACACUGAGUGCGGUUCAUGAGCUGCAUGGCAAAAUAUGUAUUAUGUAAAUAAACUGGGUUUACUAAAUAUGUUAAGUGCUGCUUGUCAUUCUUUAUAAUACAUAACAGCUUCACAAUCAUAUUUUAGAAUCAGGAAUGAAGCUUCAGGGAAUGUGUGUCACAUCUUAAUGGCAUCCCGCCUGGACAGAGUAACGGAUUUGAAGAUUGUGAUUGACUGGCAUAAAGCUGUACAACUCUUCAUUUGGCAGGUACCUACCUAGAGAUAUCCUUUGCCCUGCAUUAAAUAUCAAGGGGCAAAGCCUGCAUUUCUGGAUCCCUGCUGAGCUGAGUAGGUAGGUCUGUAUUCACUUGUAAUCAUCAUUCCGGGUAAUUUUACCCCUGCCGAAGUGCGUGCAGUGAAGAAUCAGCUCAGCUAUUAGGGGAGGGGUAGAAGUGUCUUUUACAUGCAUUUUCACAAUAACUGUGUUUACACUGAAAAGAGCUACGGAUGCUACUGGGUGCUAACAUCCCCUGAAAUUCUGUACCGUACUUCCUUAGUAGGAUAGCGGGAGAAUGAUCCAAAACUGAAACUACCUUUGAGAAAACAUUUUCAGAAAGGAGAGGUAGCAACAGUGGGGGUCUCUUAUGAACAGUGAAACAUCCAUCCUUAAGAGGACAGGAAUGACAGCCACCAAGGUCUAGUCAUGCUCUACAAAUCCGGGAUCAAAAACACUGCAGAACACAGGUGUAAGUUCAGUACUGCCAACUAUCUAAAGCAAAAGUGAACUAUCUUUUUAAAUGUGCAACAAAUAAAACUUCAAAAGCUCAUGCUUUCAACAGGAGAAUAGUAACUACAUCUUACAUAUGAUGC